AUGAUUAUUGUUUCCUUAAAUAUUAGAGGAGGAGGUAGCCGGGCCAAGAGGAAGAGAGUCGGAUACCACAUUCAAAAAGGAGAGGUUGAUAUUUGUUUUGUCCAAGAAACAAAGUUAAGUGGCAUAGAUUUUAACAUAGUUAAGGAAUUGUGGGGAGAUAAUCAAGUUGAGUGGUCGCAUUUGGUUGCCAACGGGGCGUCGGGAGGCAUUCUUACGAUGUGGAAAAAGGAUUUCUUCAAUUUAAGCUUUAGCUUCAGUGGUGAGGGUUUCUUUGGUCUUUGCGUGGAAAAGGAUGGCAAACGCAUUUACUUCGUGAAUGUCUAUGCUUCAUGUGACUUAACCACAAGAAAAAUAACUUGGGAUAGAUUAUAUGAUCUCAAAAAUAACAACUUUAAAGGCUCUUGGUGCAUUGGAGGAGAUUUCAAUUCUAUCUCCUCUUUAGAAGGAAGAAUUGGGAUGUCAACUCGUAGCUAUAGGAGGGAGAUAACGAUAUUCAAAGAGUUCAUAGAAGAAAUGGAGUUGGUGGAUCUACCUACCAUAGGAGGCAAGUUUACUUGGAUAAAAAUUAAUGGCAAGACUAUGAGUAGGUUAGAUAGAUUUCUCCUAUCGGAAAGUUUUAUUGAAGAUUGGAAGGUGGAUGGUCAACAUAUUGGAGAGAGGGAUAUGUCCGACCAUGCUCCAAUUUGGUUAAAAGACAAUAGAAAGUAUUGGGGCCCUAAACCUUUCAAGUUCAACAAUAUGUGGUUCAAACAUGAGGAUUUUGAUAUUUUUGUGGAGGAGGAUUUUGAUAUUUUCCGGAUGAAGUGGCUUUGA